CGUUACCCGCAGCGGGCAUAUGCUGGUCACCGGCACCAGGGGCAUCGUACAGUGCGGGUGUAACCGAUCCGGCCCACCCCUCUGUGCUGCCUGCCCAGUGGUACAUUCCACAUCCGUGCGCUGCACGUGUGGGUCUGUGGGAGAGUGAGUGAGCCUUAUCCGAGGAGCUAGCACUCACCCAGCAGCAACAUGCUGCUCUCCAAGGAUAUCCCGUGGCGGCGCCUGGAGGGCAUCUCCUUCCGGAUUUACUCCUCAGAGGAGAUCAGGAUGCAAAGUGUAAAGGCCAUCACCAAUCCCCAGUACCUGGACUCUGUGGGCAAUCCUAUGGUGAACGGCCUGUACGACCUGGCUCUGGGCCCAGCGGACAACAAAGAAGUGUGCGCCACAUGUGCCCAGGAUUUCCAGAACUGCCCCGGACACCUUGGGCAUAUUGAGCUGCCAUUGAUUGUAUAUAACCCCCUGCUGUUUGAUAAACUGUAUCUGCUGGUGCGAGGCUCCUGCUUCCACUGCCACCUGCUGACCUGUCCCCGUUCCGCCAUCCAUCUCCUGCUGUACCAGCUGAAGAUCCUAUCCCGGGGAGCCCUGAAAGAGGUUUACGAAGUGGAGGCCGUUCUUAGCCGGUUCUUAGAGGGGAAUUCGUCUGCUAGUGGUAAUGAAAUUAAAGAAGAAUUAGAAACUUACACCAGAGAAGUUCUAAAAUCCUACCCGAAGAAGCCAGAGGGAUCCAAUGUGAAGAAUAUCUGUGUGGCCAGGAACAAGCUGAUUAGUGACUUCUGGAAGUCGCACAUGCGUUCCCAGAAGUGUCCCAGUUGCAGCGCACCGCGGUCUGUAGUGAGAAAGGAGCACAACAGCAAGCUGACCAUCAUAUUGGCAUCCAAGAAGAACCAGGAUCGGGCAUCCAAAGCUGCAGAGCAGAUUGAAAGCUUUGAGUUAAGUAAACGAGGCUACCUGACGCCCAGCACUACAAAGGAGCACAUAGAGGCCCUCUGGAAAAAUGAGGGUUUCUUCCUGCAGUGCCUCUUCUCUGGGCUAGAGAUUGGCCAGGACUCCUCUCCAGAGAAAUUCUUCCUAGACCUGGUGGUGGUCCCUCCGGCUCGUUACCGGCCUGUCAAUCGCCUGGCGGAUCAGAUGUUCACCAAUGGGCAGACCGUUAACCUGGUGGCCGUCCUGAAAGACAUAUCCGUGAUACAGAAACUCCUGGCAGUGAUGGCCGAGGAGCAGAGCAAGCCCCCGCCUAACGAAGAGACCGACAUAGGCCUGGAGCAGGCUGAACCUGAGCAGACCAUUGAUCGCUCCUUCUUGCCCAUGUUGUCCGGGCUGUCGCUCACCGACAAACUCUACAACUCAUGGGUCCGGCUUCAGGCUCACGUGAACAUCGUGUUUGAUAGCGAUAUGGACAAACUGAUAAGUGAGAAGUUCCCUGGUGUUCGGCAGCUUCUAGAGAAAAAGGAAGGUCUGUUUCGGAAACACAUGAUGGGGAAACGCGUGGAUUAUGCUGCGCGUUCCGUCAUCUGCCCAGACAUGUACAUCAGUACCAAUGAGAUUGGAAUUCCUAUGGUAUUUGCUACCAAGUUGACCUAUCCAACCCCUGUCACUACCUGGAACGUGCAGGAGCUGAGGCAAGCCGUGAUCAAUGGGCCCAACGUCCACCCUGGAGCCUCUCUUGUGGUGAAUGAGGACGGGUCUCGCACGAUAUUGAACCCCUCUAAUCUUGUACAGCGGGAGGCCAUUGCUAAGCAGCUGCUCACUCCGUCUACUGGUACCCAGAGACUGCCUGCCAAAAUUGUGUACCGUCAUGUUAAGAAUGGUGAUGUCCUGUUACUCAACCGCCAGCCUACGCUGCACAGGCCGUCCAUCCAAGCUCACAAGGCCCGGGUCCUUCCGGGGGAGAAGGUGCUGAGGCUGCACUACGCCAACUGCAAGGCCUACAACGCCGACUUUGACGGAGAUGAAAUGAACGCUCACUUUCCGCAGAGCGAGCUAGGCCGAGCUGAGGCCUACACCAUAGCGUGUACCGACGAGCAGUACUUGGUGCCCAAGGAUGGGACGCCCUUAGCUGGCCUGAUCCAAGAUCACAUGGUUUCCGGAGCGAGUAUGACUAUCCGCGGCUGCUUCUUUACCAGAGAACAGUACAUGGAGCUGGUAUACAGAGGGCUGACCGAUAAGCGAGGCCGCGUCAAAACGCUUCCGCCAGCAAUUGUGAAACCAUGCAGGCUAUGGACAGGAAAACAGGUAGUUUCUACGUUACUCAUCAACGUAAUCCCAGAUCAUCACAUCCCCCUCAACCUGACGGGCAAGGCAAAGAUAGGUGGGAAAGCCUGGGUGAAGGAGCCGCCCCGGCCUACUCCGGGCUUCGAGUCGGACACAAUGUGCGAGUCGCAGGUUAUCAUUAAAAAUGGAGAGCUGCUGUGCGGGGUGCUGGAUAAAGCUCACUAUGGCAGCUCAUCGUUUGGGCUCAUUCACUGCUGCUACGAGCUCUACGGCGGGGAGACCAGCGGAAAACUGCUCACCUGCCUGGCCCGGCUGUUCACUGCCUACCUGCAGCUCUACCGCGGCUUUACCAUGGAUGUGGAGGACAUUUUGGUUCGACCCUAUGCCAACGUGAAAAGGCAGCAGAUUAUGGAAAGCUCCACCCACUGCGGAGGACUGGCUGUCCGAGCGGCUUUCAGCCUCUCGCCGGUAUCUUCAGAUGAGGAAGCCCGGGGGAAGUGGCAGGAUGCACAUCUAAAUAAAGACCAGAGGGACUUUAACAUGGUCGAUAUGAAAUUCAAGGAGAAAGUUAAUGAGUUCAGCAAUGAGAUAAAUAAAGUCUGUAUGCCUCUUGGGCUCCACAGACAUUUUCCAGAGAAUAACUUGCAGCUGAUGGUUCUUUCUGGAGCCAAAGGAUCCACUGUAAAUACUAUGCAGAUCUCCUGCUUGUUGGGUCAGAUCGAGUUGGAAGGUCGUCGGCCUCCACUAAUGCCCUCUGGAAAGUCACUGCCUUGUUUCCAGCCGUAUGACUUUACACCACGGUCCGGUGGCUUUGUGACUGGUCGCUUUCUAACUGGCAUCAAAGCUCCAGAAUUCUUCUUUCACUGUAUGGCUGGGAGAGAGGGACUGGUGGACACUGCUGUGAAAACAAGUCGCUCUGGAUACCUGCAGAGGUGUGUUAUUAAGCAUCUGGAAGGACUUGUGGUUCAGUAUGACCUCACCGUGCGUGAUAGUGAUGGAAGCGUGGUGCAGUUUCUGUAUGGGGAAGACGGGCUAGACGUGCCCAAGACCCAGUUUCUGCAGCCGAAACAGUUCCCGUUCAUUGCCGAGAAUUACGAGGCUAUAAAGCAGUCCAAGCAUUUGGACGAGGUGCUGUCCAAGAUGGAUUCUGAGCAAGCAAGCCUGCACAGCCAGGCCAUCAGGAAGUGGCGGUCAAAGCACCCUGCGCCUUCCCAAAGGCUGGGUGCCUUCUUGUCCUAUUCCCAAAAGAAACUGGCUGCUGCCAGAGCAAGAUGUCCCGAUGGGGGCUAUGAGCACGGCCGAGAACAGGCAGUGAAUCAGCUGGUAGAGAGUUGGUACGCCCUGGACCAGAAGACGCGGAACAAGUAUAUGAAAAGAUCGUCCCCUCUGCCUGAUCCUUGCCUUGCCGUCCUCCGCCCAGAUCUUUAUUUUGGAUCUGUGUCCGAAACAUUUCAAGACAAAGUGGAUCAGUACAGUUGGCAACUGGAGCAGCAGAACAGUAUCCGUUACGUAAAGUCCAAGGUCACACCCGACAGAUUAAGGACUCUGUUCCAGUUGAAGUGGCAGAGAGCUCUGUGUGACCCCGGGGAAGCGGUGGGGCUUCUCGCUGGUCAGAGCAUUGGUGAACCCUCUACACAAAUGACACUGAACACCUUCCACUUUGCCGGCAGAGGGGAGAUGAACGUCACCCUGGGUAUUCCCAGGCUUAGAGAAAUUCUUCUCAUUGCAAGCUCUAAUAUAAAGACUCCUAUGAUGAGCGUGCCUGUCCUCCCCACAAAGCGAGCCAUGAGGAAAGUAAAAAACCUAAAGAAACAGCUGACGCGGGUCUGUGUGGCUGAGGUGAUGCAUAAACUGGAUGUGGAGGAAACCUUCCGCAUUGACGAGCAAUCCCAGAAACAUCAGGUCUACAAACUAAAAUUCCACUUUUUGCCGUACGAGUUUUACCGGGAGGAGAAAUGCCUGAGACCCGAGGAAAUUCUUCGCUUCAUGGAGACCAGAUUCUUCCGAAUCAUGUUUGAUGCCAUCAAGAGAAGAAGCUCAAAACUGGCCUCCUUCAGAAAUAUGGGCACCCGGAAAGCAACGCGGAAAGACCUGGAUGACGAUGGGGAAGGCACGGAACCCCAGGAGGGUCAGGAAGAAGAGAAAGAAGAAGAAAUUAUAAAUGCAGAUGCCGAUGAAGGAGAUGCCGACGCCACUGACGCAAAGAGGAGAGAAAAACAGGAAGAAGAGGUGGAUUAUGAAAGCGAAGAAGAGGGCCACCAGGAAAAAGAAGACGAAGCGGAUGAGGAGGAAGAGGAGGAGAAUAGAGAGAGUCCACUGCCGGCUGAGGAGGAACCUGCUUCCUCAUCUCCUAGGCCCUCCAAACAGAAAAACAACCAGACAAACCUAACGAAGGACGUGCUGGCAGAGAACCGGGUGAACAACGUCCUGAGUCUAAAUUGCGCCAUAGAAGAUUAUUCCUACGACACAGAGAAGAGUUUAUGGUGUGAGGUCACCAUGAAAUUGCCUUUAAUGAAGGUCCACUUUGAUAUCUCCUCUCUGGUGGUUUCUCUGGCUCACAACGUCAUUAUCCACGAGACCAGGGGCAUCACGCGGUGCCUCCUGAAUGACAACACAAACAAGAAGGGCGAGAAGGAGCAGAUCUUGAACACAGAGGGAAUAAACCUUCAGGAGCUAUUUAAAUAUUCAGACAUACUUGACCUAAAACGCCUCUAUUCAAACGACAUCCACGCAAUGGCAAAUACUUAUGGUAUAGAGGCCGCCUUAAGAGUGGUUGAAAAGGAAAUUAAAGAUGUGUUUGCGGUUUAUGGUAUUGAGGUGGACCCUCGGCAUCUCUCCCUCGUCGCCGAUUACAUGUGUUUCGAGGGAACGUAUCGGCCUCUCAACCGCUACGGCAUGCAGUCCAGCUCCUCCCCUUUCCAGCAGAUGACCUUCGAGACCAGCUACAAAUUCCUGAAGGAUGCCACCAUGAGUGGUGCGAAGGAUGAUCUGCUGUCUCCAUCAGCCUGCCUUGUGGUGGGGAAAGUCGUUAAAGGAGGCACAGGAUUAUUUGAUCUUAAACAGCCAAUGAAGUAGAACAAGCGGACUGACAUUGAGACAACUGCCUGUUCCAGAUCAGUAAUAGCAGACAGUGCCUUACACAUGGCAGACAGCCUUGCAGGAUAUAAACAGCUGUUCACGCUCCAUGUGCUGUUUUAUAGCCACACUUGGUGGGCCCGCAGAUGUAUAUGGAGCUAGUGGGGGCUGGGGUCCUGUCAUUAUACCAAAUUUCAUUCACUAAAGGUCACAGCAGGUAAAUGAGGAUCCCUCACGUGGAACUUGGGCUUGGAAGAGGCUGCAACUUUCUGUUCUACUGUAUAUCUUGCACGUGCAGCUGUAUAAUGUAAAUGGUUUACAAAUGUAUAAUAACUGCGCUUUGUAAUAAAGUUUAUUCUGUGGACCGGA